AUGUUUGGUCUUGGGAGCACAUUUAACACUUAUAAAGAAUUUGAAGGAGGAUUAGAAGAGUAUCAAAAUGAAAACGCCAUGUAUUUUUAUAAAAGAAACAGUAUUACUUUAACCCAGGCAAUUAAGCGGAAAUUUAAACGGACAUUUAAUUGUCCUGAAGAUAUGAAAUAUUUUAAGUUGCAUUAUGCUUGUGCAAAAGGUGGUAAAAACUUUCAAACCAAGUCGAACAGUAUUAGAAAAUAUAAAACGUUACAAUGUGAAUGCCCAGCAAAAAUUAAAGUUUUACUAAAUGACAAAAAUCAACUCUACAUUAGUGAAUUUACAAGUGAUCAUAAUCAUGAACUAAAUAAGACAUCAUUCAAGUUUAUGGCAAAAAAUCGGCGCCUAAAUAAUGAAGAAAAACAAGAAACUAUGCACCUAAUGAGAAUGAAGGCAAACUCCAAAGACGUACAGAAGUACCAAUUGAAAAAGCCCAAAAAACAUUUGAAGAAAAUGUCGUACUCUUUGUCAUUGGGCAAGUUUGUUGGUAAAGUAGCCAUUGUGACUGGUGCGUCUGCAGAAAUUGGUAAAGCUCUAACCCUAUCUUUAGUUAAAAAGGGUAUUACAGCGGCAGGUCUAGCCAAAAGCGUAGAAUGCGUGGAAGAGCAUUUCAAACAACUCACUAACCACCAUGGUAAAUUACACGGCUUUAAAUUUGACGUUACCAAUCAAGAAGAAGUUGUAUCAACCGUCAAAAAAAUAACUGAAAAACUUGGAUCAAUUAAUAAUAAUUUAGUAAGCAACGCUGGAGUGGGAUCUUUUUCAUCAGAGAAUUUCGCCGGUAAAGUAGCCAUAGUGACUGGUGCGUCUGCAGAAAUUGGUAAAGCCCUAGCGGUCUCUUUGGUUCAAAAAGGUAUUACAGCGGCAGAUCUAGCCAGAAGAGUAGAACGCAUGGAAGAGCAUUUUAAGCAUCUCAGUGACCAAAGUGGCUCAUUCAAAUAUGACGUAACCAAUCGAGAAGAAAUAAUAUCAACCGUCAAAAAAAUAAAAACUUGGAUCAAUACACAACUCAGGAAAAAUACUUGGGACACCAUCGUAGUAUCUACUGUUGCCAUACUGACCAAAGAAAUUAUUGCCAAAAUGAAAAUACAUAGCUCCAAAGGUCAUAUAAUUGAAGGUCAAUGUGUCGAAGAUUUACCUCAGACAAAUAUUGAUCCGGAUACUGAUGCAAUAACCGCUUUAACCGAAAUAAUAAGGUUAGAAAUUGAGCGAGGGAACUUGCCCAUUAAAAUAACUGCGUUUUGUCUUGGAAAUAUGACUGAAUUAAUGACAGAUGUUGCAGACGCGGUUGCUGAAGAGCUUAAGACUCUGCCUGAAUUGGGAACUCAGGAUAUUGUUAAGGUCACUUUAUUUGUUUUGUGA